CUUCCUCUCCCAGGCCCGAGCCAUGGCAACAGCGUGACGUGGGGGUACCGAGAGCUGCGGGAGCAGCGAUCCCGGCUUCAGUUCUAGCCUACCCGGCAGCCUACACGGGAGCAAGGCGAGAGGUGCUGCCGCCUCCCGUCGCCCCUGCGCUCGGAGGCCCCCAACCAGCCAGGCGGCUGCCUCUUGCUGCUCCUCCUUUGGAGUGAGGAGGGCGCAGCCGGUGUCAGAACUUAGAGGGGCGGGCAGGGUCGCGCGCAUGGCCUGGGCGGGCUCGCGGCGGGUCCCGGCUGGGACGCGCGCAGCAGCCGAGCGCUGCUGCCGGCUCUCCCUCCGCCCGGGCACGCGCCCGGCCCCGCCCCCAGGCCCUCUGCCGCCGCCGCCGCGACCAAUGAGGUUUCUGACCUCCUGCAGCCUCCUCUUGCCUCGGGCUGCCCAGAUCUUGGCGGCUGAGGCUGGCUUACCGUGGAGCCGUUCCUUCAUGGGAUUUGCUGCCCCCUUCACCAACAAGCGAAAGGCUUACUCGGAGCGUAGAAUCAUGGGGUACUCAAUGCAGGAGAUGUAUGAAGUGGUGUCCAAUGUCCAGGAGUAUCGUGAGUUUGUGCCCUGGUGUAAGAAGUCUCUAGUGGUAUCCAGCCGUAAGGGUCACUUGAAAGCCCAGCUGGAGGUUGGCUUUCCACCUGUCAUGGAACGUUACACCUCUGCAGUUUCCAUGGUCAAACCUCACAUGGUCAAGGCUGUUUGUACUGAUGGCAAGCUCUUCAACCACUUAGAGACCAUUUGGCGAUUCAGCCCUGGUAUUCCUGCCUAUCCUCGAACCUGCACUGUGGACUUUUCGAUUUCCUUUGAAUUUCGUUCUCUGCUGCACUCCCAGCUGGCCACCAUGUUUUUUGAUGAGGUUGUCAAACAGAAUGUUGCUGCCUUUGAGCGUCGGGCAGCCACCAAGUUUGGUCCAGAAACAGCCAUCCCCCGUGAACUGAUGUUCCAUGAAGUGCACCAGACUUGAGGCACGGGAUUGUUCCCUGACCUCCCUUCUACCCCACUUCCCUUCGCAAUUCUCUUAUUUAUUUGGUUUGGCUCCUGCUCCAAUUUGAAAGGAGUCUGUGUUCGUAAUACUGUUUCUCCUCUCAAUUCCCCAGAAAUUGGGUUCUAUGCUGGCUGGAAAUGUUAGGGGAAAGAGAAGGCAAAGGAUGUGGAAAUGAGAGGUGCUUAGGAAAGGGUCAGGCCCAUUGGAGGAGCACCAUAUGCAGCCUUUUCACUACGAAUUAGAAUAAGGACUAUGUGGUUGUCUCUGGGCCUUAUCAAGACACCUUAGUGUCUGACCAGGGGAAGAUAGUAACUUUUCUAAGGAUUGAAUAAAUUGAGCUUUUCUUCUGGCACAGAGGUACUGAGUGGUAAGGAACUUUUAUCCUGCCUGAGAUUCCUCAGGAGAAAAGGCAACCUGCCUCCAGCCUGAGAUACAUAAAGCCUCAUUUUAAGACUCUAAGUCCAUGCUGCCUGGCUACUAGAGAGCAAGGGGCUUUCUUACCAUCAGUGCUGAGGAGAAAAGUACUGAACGGAAACGGAGUUGUCUUUGUACUCUUGAGUUGUACCUUAUUCUUCCACUUGGCCUGAGUUUUUAUAAAAUUUCAAUAAAUUGUAACAGUGUGAA